UGCAGUGGCAGUCAACGUUAACAUAACCUCAGUUCAGUCUCACUGUUUGAAAAUGUUUUUCUUCUUAUAAAUGCAUAUUUUUCAAUUUUCAUAUUAUAAUGAAUACCGAAAAUAAAAGAAUAUUUAUAAGUGAUUUACCCGAAACUUCUACAAAAGACGAAUUAGAAAAUAGUUUCUCUAAAUAUGGUCAUGUGUCUUCUGUGGAAAUAAAAGAGAGGAAAGAAUUGGGUCCACAUAACAAGUCACUCUUUUUCGCUUACAUUAACCUUCUUACAGAUGAUAAGACCCUUAAUCAAUGUUUCCGAGAGUUAUCCAACAUCAAAUGGCAUGGGCAAUAUGUCCAGUUACAAAUAGCACGAGAAAGCUUUUUGGAUCGUUUGAAACGUGAACGACAAGAAAAAGAUGGAGCGGCAACACACAAUAAUGUUACACCCCAAAAACAGCAAGAAAGUUCACCCACCAAACAAAUAGACAGUAGUUUUAAAAUUACAAACAAGAGACAACCAUUAACACCUUCAAAAAAAUAUGACUCUUCUUCAGAUUCCGGAUCAGAUUCUGAAGAAAGUGAUUCAGAUAAAACGGAAACUAAACAACUAGCUGAAGAUUCUUCAAAAGCUAAAAUUGAUGUACUAGAAGAAAAAAUAGAUAUUAUAGUCAAAAGCAAUAAAAAUAAAAUACUUGAUAAGAAUAGUGGUUUAAAAAUUCCAUCAGUGGGCAAUUCACCUAUUAUUGAAAUUACAAAAACUAAAACGAAAGUUAGCAAAAAUGAUAGUGAAGCAAAUAAGAAAAGAUUACAAUCAUUGCAAGAAAUGAAGAAAGGAUAUGCUGCUCAAAAAUCAUUCAUAAAAAGUGGAUUGACAUUUGGGGCUGCAAAACCAAACAAGAAAAUUGUCUUUGGCGAUGACAUUACAGGAUUGAAUGGCAAAAGAAAAAUUAAUGGCCUCAAUCAAAAAGCCCUUUUUGAAGAUGAUGAUCAAGAAGAUUCUGAUUUUGAAGUUAAUUUUGAAAUUAAAGAGCAGUUUCAAGGCAAGAGUGGACAAAAGCUUCUUGAACUACAAUCAAAAUACAAAAACGAUAAAAGGUUUUCAUUAGAUGCAAGAUUUAUGGAAACAGAAGAUGAAAAUAAUGAUUCUGAAAUGAUGGAUACUGAGGAAAAUCUAGAAGCAGAAAAAAAUAAACAAUUUAAAAUUUUGGAGGAAGUUCUUGGCAAAAAAAUAACUUCAAAAUCAUUAAAUAAUAAAAAAGAGAGGAAAACAAUGUUAAAAUUUGAUCCAUCUCAACCAGAACAUUCAAAUCUAGAGCUAACAAUAGCUGAGCCUGAGAGGAAAAAGAAAAAGAAAGACAAAAUCGCAGAAGAGGAACAGCAGGGGCCCGAAGUAUCCAAAGAAGUUUUUUAUAAAGUACCUGAAACAUUAAAAGAAACAUUUGCUGAGAAACCUUCAUUCAGUUUAUUGAGCAUGUUUGGAAAAGCAACUGAAGAAAAUGAUAAUCAAAAUCAAGGAAGCACAGAAAAAGAGAUUAAGAAAAGCCGACUGCUCGGUAAUCCUUUUAAAUAUGAUUCUUCGGACGAUGAAGAUCAACUUGAAGAUAUUCCCCAUAAGAGCACUUCAACUUCUGAAACUAAAACUUCCGAGCCUCCGCCAACUAGACCUAUUAAAUCAGUUUUCUGGACUGAACCAUUUUUCUUCAAAAACGACGAUUUUAGGUUACAAGAAGGUUUUGAUUUUCUUCAGAAAAUCAGAGCAGAAGACAAAGAAUUCCUUCAAAUUCGUAAAGAACUUAAAGGGAUCGUCAAAGCUAAAGUUAGAAAUACAGAAAGGAAAAAUAGGAUGUUCAAGAAGAAAAUUGGAGGAAACAAGCGAAAAAAGCAUAUUAGAAUGAAAAAAGCUUUGAAAAGAUGAGGAUUUUUGUUGAAUUAAUUAAAUGCCUAUAUUUUAAUUUUCAGGAAUUUUAAAAUAAACACCUAGAAAAUAAAACGUGUUCACUUUUGUUUUUGAA